CCACUCUUUUAUAGUAAAUAUAAAACACUCCCCUAGUCCCUGUUUUGUGUUUACCAACUCCUCCAUAUGUCCAUUUCUUUUUUCAUUUCGCAAUUCCAAGGAGAGAGAAUCUGAGAAAGUCACGCUUGCACAUUUCUCUCCCUUUUGCCAUUUCCAGUAUUUCCUAGGGUUUUUUUUUUCUCUUGCCUCCAUACACUUCUCUGCUACAGUUGUUGAUCCAAACUUUGAGCUUCAAACUUAAGCUACAAUGGCGGCUUACUCUUCUCUCCUUCGAUUUCCUCCUUCUUCGUCUUCUGUCUUCUCUUCCGAUCUUUCCAAGGUGUUUAUAAGUGGUUCUAAUCAUAUUAGCUCAUUGAAGAUUCAAAGUAACAUUUUCGGUACUGCUGUGAAUGGCGGCUCCUCUUGUAUCCACAGGGAAAGUAGGUUGACAAGCAUGCAACCAAUUAAAGCAACAGCUACUGAGAUUCCACCAACAGUUCAAAGAACAAGGAGUGGUGCCAAGAUAAAGAUUGGAAUAAAUGGAUUUGGUCGGAUUGGAAGGCUGGUUCUACGGGUAGCAACUUCUAGGGAUGAUUUGGAAGUGGUGGCAGUGAAUGACCCUUUCGUUGAUGCCAAAUACAUGGCAUAUAUGUUUAAAUAUGACUCAACACAUGGACCUUUCACGGGAACCAUUAGAGUUCUGGAUGAUUCAACUCUUGAAAUCAAUGGCAAACAGGUUAAAGUUACCAGCAAUAGGAACCCAGAGGACAUCCCUUGGGGUGAUUAUGGUGCUGAGUAUGUUGUUGAGUCCUCUGGUGUUUUCACAACAUUGGAAAAAGCAGCUGCACAUAAGAAGGGAGGUGCUAGAAAGGUUGUAAUAUCAGCUCCAUCAGCAGAUGCGCCGAUGUUUGUAAUAGGUGUAAAUGAGAAUACAUACAAACCUCACAUGGAUGUCGUCUCUAAUGCAAGCUGCACCACCAAUUGUCUAGCCCCAUUGGCAAAGGUUGUACACGAGGAGUUUGGCAUCGUUGAAGGUCUGAUGACAACAGUCCAUGCUACUACAGCGACUCAGAAAACUGUUGAUGGACCAUCGAUGAAGGACUGGAGAGGAGGUCGUGGAGCUAGUCAAAACAUUAUCCCUAGCUCUACUGGUGCUGCAAAGGCUGUUGGAAAAGUCCUUCCUGAACUCAAUGGAAAACUUACUGGAAUGGCAUUUCGGGUUCCAACACCAAAUGUUUCUGUUGUGGAUUUGACUUGUCGACUUCAGAAAAGUGCUAGCUAUGAAGAUGUUAAAGCUGCUAUCAAAUUUGCUUCAGAGGGUCCAUUGAAGGGUAUUCUCGGAUAUACAGAGGAUGAUGUAGUCUCAAAUGAUUUUACUGGUGAUACAAGGUCAAGCAUAUUUGAUGCCAAGGCUGGGAUUGCACUGAGCUCCUCAUUUGUGAAAUUGGUUUCAUGGUACGACAACGAAUGGGGAUACAGUAACCGAGUUUUGGACUUGAUUGAGCACAUGGCAUUGGUGGCUGCCAUUUAAAUCUUCCGAAGCAAGGAAGAGGAGUGUUACCUCUCUUGCAAUAUUGUCAGUGAAGGGGAGAUGAUUUUGAAUUAGGUAGAGAGAUUGAUGCUAUAUAGCAUAAUUUUGUUCAUUUUUGCUCUGUACGCCCAUGGCUUGUAAGAUGCCAGCUAUUGAUAAUAAGGAUUGGCGAGAGCUGCAGCCAUAACCUGGUGGCACUAUAUGUAGAAUUGCGGUUAUGAAUUUUUGUAUUAGUGGCUUCAUUUUCUCUGAAUUGCUUAUGUGGCCUCGUUUCGAAAUAAUUCUUUGUUUCUCUUAUCAA